AUUUUAAAAAUAGUGAUCGAGUUCAUCUUCAUAGUUGUUGUGUUUAUAUAUAAUAAUAUAUGAAGAUUAUAUUUAGUUUGCUGUAAAAAAAAAUAAUAUUAGCGUGCCUCGUUAUCUCUAAAAUUAUAUAGUUUCAAUCGACACACAUUACAUCCAUACUCAACCCAACAAAACACAUGCUCAAGUGAAAGAAAAAAAAUUAAGAACCAGAAUGAGAAUGUGAAAGAAGACAUGUGAUAAGGCACUUAAGAAGGAGAUAAAAAAAGAAAGAAAUCGACAAUAUUAAAAUUCGGAAGUAAAAGAAGAAGAGUUUAACUUGAGAAAAAAGCUUCAAGAUCAAGGCAAUCGAGAAGAUACAUAGACUCAAAAUAUGGCAUGUAGCGCAUCAAACAUGAAGUUCGCAAAAGACAUCAACAUUAGCUUUGAAAACAUAACUUAUAGUACAAAAGUUGGAUUAUUCAAAAGAAAUGACAAAUUAAUUUUAAACGAUUUGAGCGGAGAAUUUCGAUCGCGAGAAUUAACCGCAAUUAUGGGUCCAAGCGGUUCAGGCAAGUCAACCUUAUUAGAUAUUUUAUCCGGAUAUAAAAAUAGUAAUAAGAUUAUUGGAAAGAUUAAAGUUAACGAAUCGAUUAGAGACCCAAAGCAAUUUCGACAUAUUAGCAGUUACAUUAUGCAAGAUCAUUUGCUCCACCCAUUGCUGACUGUUGAAGAAGCAAUGUCAUUUUGUAUUAAUUUAAAAAUCGGCAAGGAACUUAGUGAUCAUGAGAAGGAAGAUAAGAUCGAAGAAAUCCUCCUUAAUCUUGGCCUAUACGAUAAGAUGAAUGUAAUGACGGAAAAGUUGAGUGGAGGACAACAAAAACGACUGAGUAUUGCAUUAGAAUUAAUAGAUAAUCCUCAAGUAAUGUUCUUUGACGAAGUAACCACCGGAUUAGACAGCGUUUCAUCGAGUCAAUGCAUUCAGCUGCUCAAAAAGUUGGCAGAGAAUGGACGAACGAUUAUUUGUACAAUCCAUCAACCAUCCGCCUCUAUUUUCGAAUCAUUUGACCACCUUUAUGCGAUUGCCGAGGGACAAUGUAUAUAUCAAGGCGAAAGCUCAAAACUAGUACCUUAUUUGUCUCAACUUAAUUUAAUUUGUCCUGAAUUUCAUAAUCCAUCUGAUUUCCUACUCGAAAUUUCAACACAUGAUUAUGGAUAUCAACUAGAUAAAUUAAUUGAAAAAAUUAAGAAUAGCAGGAAUCACGAGUUUCGAAAACAUUUAACAUUAAUGGCUGCUGAAAGUACAAAGAAUACACUAAAUUCGCAUUCAUCGUUGAAAGCAGAGAAUAAUCCAAUUACCUUGUGUGUUAAAAGAGCUAAACUUAAUGCAAGACUCAAUAUAUUAGAUCCAAGAAGUUACUGCAAUGAUUCUGAUCUAUACUCAACGUCAUUUCUUCGUCAAUUCUACUAUCUCUAUUUGAGAACCUUUCUACUGAUUACAAGAAAUCCAUCGUUAUCACUUAUGCGAUUGAUGAUUCAUCUCUUUGUGGCUAUAUUCAUAGGACUCAUUUACUUUCAAGUUGGAAAUUCAGCCAAGAAUUUAAUGAACAAUUUCAAGUUCAUCUUUUACACCGUUAUGUUCUUGAUGUUUACUGCGUUCUCAAGUUUGCAGACGACUUUUCCAUCGGAACUACCAGUCAUUAAACGCGAGCAUUUUAAUCGAUGGUACUCUUUUAGCGCUUACUUUACUAGCCUCACAUUAGCUGACUUACCGAUGCAGAUAUUGUGCACAGUAAUUUACAUUGUAAUCACGUACUUUCUUACCAAUCAGCCACUUGAGCUCUUCCGUUUUACCGCAUUCUUCACAAUAAAUCUUUUAUGUACAUUUGUUGCACAAGGAUAUGGUUUAAUUGUGUCGUCACUAUUCAAUGUAAAAUGGGGUACAAUAUUAGGCAACUUUUUCAUCUGUCCAUUCCUAAUAUUUUCUGGAUUCUUUGUUCAAAUGAAGCACAUCCAUCAAGCGUUGCAUUGGCUUUUUCAUAUAUCAUUUCUCAAGUAUGCACUCGAAGGCAGUGUUUAUUCGAUUAUUGGAUUUAAUCGAACGAAAAUUGAAUGCGAUGAGUUCGACAAGGAGAUUAGCUUUUGUCGAUAUUCAUAUCCUAAUCAAUUACUGCGUGAUAUUGGUAUUCAAGAUUGUGCCAAAAAUAAUACAAGUAACGAAAACUGUGAUGCUGUGAUGCUGGAUAACCAAAAACAUGAUUUUGUUAAAGUCAUUAUCGUACUUGCUGUCUUUAUAAUAUUCUUCCGUGCAGUUGCAUUUUGUAUUAUGAAAUAUAGAUUAAAAAAUAAUUAAAUUAAGCAAUGAAUAGUCAUUUUUAUACAAACAUAUUUAUAUACAGUGCCGUAUCUAUACAAAUGUUAUUUUAUUAUUCGAUGACUAUUGAAAGUUAAUAAAAUUCAAUUUUCAUACAAAC